CAUUCCCGUAAUAAUUUGAAUAGACGGGGAACAGAAAACAAACUGGAGGCUGGCUUGACACCAGUCAGAACAUUUCUGUGGGCCGUUCUGAACCAUGGGCUGCACUUAUUUUCAAAAAGGACUAAAUCAAUGAGCAGAAACUCUAACCAUAUUUAUGAGGGCCUGCCUGAUGUAAUCACUUAUCUCAAGUGUUAUUCAAGAGUUUGAACUAAGUUCACGAUCACCUGAUAAUACACCUGCCUCUGAUCAGUUUUCUCCAUCCUCACAGCUAAACUGAAUCAUCGCCAUUUUGCUGCAGCCAGGCACCUGUCGUAUUUUUUUUUCAUCUCUCUUGGUCAAAAUGACAACAAAAACAGCGAGGAACCCAUCCAAUACGGCGGCAACGCUAGGGCCUAAAAUUUCCAGAAACCCUAAACCAGUUGUCACGUGACUUUUUCGAGCAGCACCCGCCUUAACCGGUUGCUAUGGAGACAGAUCACAAACCUGCUGCUGCGGGCUGGCAAAGAGAACAGAGAUUCCAGGUUGUUUUCUUCGCAGGAGGACGCAUGCCGAGGAAAGUGGUGAAACGUGUUGAGAUGACGAAGGAGGAGCAACUUCUGCAGCUGCAGCAGAAACUUCAGGCAGAUGAGGAGUUGGCCAAGAAGAAGGAGGAGACACUCCAGCUGUUCCUGAAGGACAAGCUGCAGAAGGAGAAGAGGAACACGGUGAUGAACCAGAAGAAGCUUGAUGAUGGCUGGAGGAAGGGUCUUCGUCAGCUCCUAGAGAAUGAGCUGCAUAACGACAGGGCGGUGCACCAGCAAACGUCUGAGAGGAAGCUAGACGAGCAGAACUCCAUCAUCCAGAGGCUGGGGAACAGCCUGCAGGAGGCGGAGCAUCAGGAGAUUCAGCAGCAGAACUGUUACCUGCAGCACAUAGAGCACUUGUCGGCUCGGAAAGACAAAUGGCUGAAGACCAGGAAGCAGCAGCGGGAAGGCAGCCUGCAGGAGCUCCAGUCCGCACGCAUUUCCAACUGGAUGAAGAUGUCGGACCUCCAGCAUCGGGCCAGCCUACCGCUCCAGACUAACAGUGACCAGAUGUCCGGACCCAAAGACUUGCAGACCCUGUCCAGCGAGGAACUGUUUAGGACACUGGAGACAGACAUCAAGAACCUGGAGAGCACCAUGCUUCAGAACCAGGAGGUCCAUCAGCACAACUUGUUCCAGUUGGAUCAAAUGGACCAGCAGUUCUACAACGACCAGCACCAGUUCAAUGCUGAUAUGAGGAAGAUGAAGAGGGACAAAAGGCUCCAGCUGACUUACCAGAUCUACUCUGGAAGGAUGGAGCAGGCUUUGAUAGAACCUGACCCGGCAUUCAUCAGCACCAGAAGAACUGGACGGUGGCACGAGGUGACGGAUCAGCUGGUACGAGAUAACCAGGCAAUGAAGAAAGAGCUCAUUGAGCUCAGCAUCAAGAGCGACGCUGUCACCAAGAAGCUGCAGGCCAUCAUCUCCGAGGGUGAGAGGGCUCUGCUGGCUGAUGAGAUGAGUCCCAAAGUGAACGUUUCAACCUCACCACAGGUCUGCAUGGAGGCCGGACCUGUUAAGGGGCUCUGGGAGUUUGAAGAGCUGCAGCAGGAUUCAAACAUCGCUCUGCUGCACCGAGAAGUUCUGAGGAAGCAGAACCUGUAUCUGAUUCAAGAGAACAAACAACUGGAGCUCCUGCUGAGUUGUGGCACAGCAGACCUCACAGCAUGCUCCGUCAUGCUGCAGGUGACCCGUGCCCCCACCUCCACUGGCUGCAGACAGGUGCUUCAUAGUCAUGGAAGGAGCUGUCCUAAACCGCCUGUAGGACCAGAGGAGACAGAGUUGGGAUCCAAACCUCAUCAAAUAAUCUAACCGACACUUCGUUGUCAUUUGUUCAAGAAGUGGUCCGGUCGUUUUCUUCCAUAGUGAAAUCCAGUCUCAGCUGGAUCAGGUCUGUUGGUGUGGAGGUGAGAGGCGCCCCCUGGUGGUCAAACACACGAUGUUAUCUUUAGUUCAUCACUUUGUUCUUGCAGUAAAACGUGAUAAAUGUUAUGGAUUAUAAAAGUAUGAUCAUAAGUUCAACAUAAAUGUAUUGAUGCUAAUUCAUUAAAAAUGUAUCAGAAAUAAAAGAGGAAGUGGGCGUCGA